AUGAAAUUUUUCUUAGUACUUGGAUUAUUUGUUGUUGCUUGUUCAGCACAAACUACACCACAAACAGAAACAUCUUUACAAGCAGCAGUAGAUGCAGCAAAACGUGCUUGUAUUGAAGAAACUGGUGUUCCCGGAGAUGUCUUUUCGAGAGUAAGAAAUUUACAACCAGUUAUUUCACGUAAAGGAAGAUGUUAUGAAGCUUGUUUAUUAGAAAAAUUCCAACUUAUUGAUGAAAAUAACUAUAUGGAUGUUGAUGCUGUUGUUGAAGUUAACAGACCUGUAUUAGGUGAUGAUCCAGAUGUAUUAAAUGCUGCUAGACGUGUAUUCACAUUAUGUAGUGCAAAUUAUCAAAUGGACAGAUGUGAUUUUGGACAUAAUUUCAUUACAUGUAUAUUCCGUUUCCAAGUUACUUCACCAUUAAGAUUCUUAUUGUAA